CGGGGGCGCCGCUCCCCCUUUGUUGGUGUCGGCGGGGCCCGAGCGGCGGCGGGGCCGGCCCGGUAUGGGCGACCAGGGCGCCGGGCAGGAGUCUCUGCGGAAAAUCAUCACCACCCUCGCCGUGAAGAAUGAGGAGAUCCAGAACUUCAUCUACUCCCUCAAGCAGAUGAUCCAGAACGUGGAGACGAACUCGGCGCGGGCGCAGGAGGACCUGGAGGCCGAGUUCCAGUCGCUGUACUCGCUGCUGGACGAGCUCAAGGAGGACAUGGUGAUGAAGAUCAAGCAGGAACGCGCCAGCCGCACCUACGAGCUGCAGGCCCAGCUCGUGGCGUGUUCCAAGGCCCUGGAGAGCUCGGAGGAGCUGCUGGAGGCGGCCAACCAGGCCCUGGGCUCUGCCAACCACCACGACUUCUCCCAGGCGGCCAAACAGAUCAAGGAUAGCGUGACGAUGGCCCCCGCCUUCCGCCUCUCGCUCAAGGCCAAGGUGAGCGACAACAUGAGCCACCUAAUGGUGGAUUUUGCCCAGGAACGGCGCCUGCUGCAGGCCCUCACCUUCCUGCCAGUGCCCAGCGCGCCCGAGAUCGACCUGGCGGAGUCGCUGGUGGCCGAUAACUGCGUGAGCCUGGUGUGGAGGAUGCCCGAGGAGGGCGGCAAGAUCGACCACUACGUGCUGGAGUAUCGCAGGACCAACUUCGAGGGGCCCCCCCGGGCCAAGGAGGACCAGCCCUGGAUGGUCAUCGAGGGCAUCAAGGGCACCGAGUACACCCUGUCUGGGCUGAGGUUUGACAUGAAGUACAUGAACUUUCGGGUCCGGGCGUGCAACAAGGCCGUGGCGGGCGAGUUCUCCGAGCCGGUCACGCUGGAGACCAGAGCGUUCACGUUCAAGCUGGACGCCAGCACGUGCCACCAGAACCUGCGGGUGGAGGAGCUGAGCGUGGAGUGGGACGCGACGGGCGGGAAGGUGCAGGACGUGAAGGCGCGCGAGAAGGACGGCAAGGGCAGGACGGCGUCCCCCGCCAACUCCCCUGCCAGGGUGGUGCAGUCGCCCAAAAGGAUGUCCCUGGGCCGCGGGGGCCGCGACCGCUUCACCGCCGAGUCCUACACGGUGCUGGGUCCUGCAUCCCCCUCGGGGAGGGUGGGGGAGAGGGUGACCCGGGGAUCCUGCGCGCUGAAGAUCAAGAGGGAGACGAUCAAAGGAGGGAUGUGGGUGAGCGCUGGCAACCCCGUCACCCUGGAGACGGGAAGCAAAUAUUUGGGCUAA